CUUCUCUCAGCUUGUGACCUGAUGCGCGGCCAGGGUAACGCCUUUAUUUUACGAAGUUACCGCAGCACACCCACCCCGACUGCUCUUUCGUUCUGUUGGAAAGUUGACUGCCAAUCUGUAACUGGAGAACACUCGAGUGCUGCAGACAUGAAAUCUUGCUUAUGGAUUGCGUUGUUUGUAACUCUUGCUAUAGGAACGAAAACACAGGACUUUGAUCUUGCUGAUGCCUUAGAUUUUGAUAACCCUAAGGCAACUGCUAUUCCAAAACAGCCAAAGAAACCUGCAAAGGAUCCCAGUCCAGGAGUUGGAUUGGAUCUAUUUGAUGCUCUUGGUCCAGAAGAGCCUGAUAAACCAGCUGGGAUCCCUCCUAAAGAAGGUGGAACUAAUCCCAAACCUGCCCCUCCACCUCCCGCACCUGUAGAUCCCAAAAAACCAGCUGAUGAUGGGAUGGGUUUUGACCUGUCUGAUGCCUUGGGUCCAGAUCCCGUACCGGGUAAACCAGCUGUUGUUCCACCUAAAGAUGGAGGCACCGGUGGCGGGUCCUUCGGAGACAAUGACCUGUUUGAUGUGAGCGACAACGGUGGCUACAAGCCUGAUCCCGGCAAGGGAGGUGGAGGAGGAGGAGGAGGAGGUAAUGCUCCUGCAGAUCAACCUCAAGAUCUAGACCUACUGUGGGGCCAAUUCCUGAAGAUGCUAGAUGCUAACAUGCCAGAGGGCGUCCAUGUUUGGAUAUCCAACAUAAAGCAAGCAGUGUUGCCUCUGUUAGAGAAGGCCAUGGAGCUUUUGGAUGUGGGCCAAUGAAUGAGCCUCCAGUGACUUUCAGGAAUCAGGAAAUCAUCUAUCCACCUAUGUUCUGAUUGGUGCUCAGCUAUGAGGGAGUGUUCUGAUUAGUUGUUUACAUGGUCUUAAAGGUUUGAGGUGCUUUAAAACACCUCUCAGGGCUGAUCUUACAAAGCAAUGGUUUGUACACUUAGACAAAAUGGUUCCAAAAGGUUUAUUCGGCUGUCCCUAUAGGAUAACCCCUUUGGGUUCCAUGUAGAACUCUCUUUGGUUCUACCUGGAACCAAACAGGAUUCUCCUAAUGGACAGCCGAAUAACUCUUUUAGGUUCUAGAGAGAUCUUUUUUUUUUCUGAGUGUAGGCUCCAGUUUUCACUGGGUUAAAGCUAGGUUUAGUACAAAGUUCAGAGGUUUUAUCCCUUAAGGAGUGGGUGUGCUCCCCAUCCCCUCUUUGACACCCCACCCUUCUCUUUACUUUCUGAAGUCACAGUCUCUGAAUCAUCCCCGUGUGUUGAGCUUAUGGGAUUCUGUUUUGUAAAAUGUUACAGCUAUAAGCCUGAAGAUAGUGGUUACUGAUAUUAUCAAGGUUAUUUUUAUUGCCCCCCGCCCACCCCCCCGUUUUCCACGGUUAGUGUGGUUUUUGAGGCAUUCUUAUGCAUUGCAUGUAGUUGCUUCAUAUGUGUGUUCCUUCUUGUGUGAUUAGUCUUUCCAGAUGACAUGUCAAUUAAUGCAAAACAAUAAUGAAGAUGUAAAAAAAAAGCUAUGUUUACAGUUUUUUGACAAUUAUGGGUCAUUGUCUCGGAAGGUCUUUGUUGAAAUAUUUUUCCUGUGUCGCACCCUGUCAUAACAAGCCCAUCAUUACUAUACCCUGAGCCUGUUACUUACUAAGGCUUUUGCAGCCUGGCCCUAACAGCCCCACACAGAGGCCUAGUCAGCACACAUUCCUAGCGUAGCCAAACUUCACAGCACUCGGUUGAAAGAUCCAACACUUUUUUUUGCGCUAAUGUGUUCCAGAACAAACUGCCAUGCGGUUCUCUCAGAUUCCAAUAUUGACAACAUGAAUGACUUAUUCUGAAACACUGAAGGAUAUAUUUGUUCAGCCAGAAGAGGUUAUACACUCUUGUGCGUUUACAAAUGAUUUAUGUCUCAUGGUGAAUGUUGCUGUAAGGUUAACGGAUGUCUUUUUCAUUGGGGUAAUGUUUCUUUGGCCACUUGCAUUCAAAUACAAAAUAUUGUUUCCAUUACAAUGUGUCUUACCAUGUUAGAAGUGCUACCUCUUUUCCUUGUGUGUGUGUGUUACAGCAGAGAGGUUAGCUAUCAACACAUUGCUAUUGUCGUCUCUUUGUCUGUUGUUGUAUCCCUUCAGAUGUUAAUAAAGCCUGCUGAACGGUG